AGAGUAUCAUUGUCAAUUUGACUUGUGUAGAGUAGGCAGCAAAUUCCUUCUGGUUCUACUCCAAAAACCUUCUCUCUCCAAAAUAAUCGAAGGAGAGAGAGGCACAAAAACCGCCACAAAUGGCAGAAGACGUCGAACCAGCCGAGCAGCUCAAACUCCAACUCUCCUCCAUGGAUUUGAACUCCGACCAUUUUCCAAUUCCCCAAAACUUGUCCGCUAUCAGGGAAGAGAGGGACGUUUUCUACGACGACGACGGUUUGGUUCUCGAUAACGUCGGAUUCGAUAACGUUGUUGUCGUUGAUAACCUUCCUUUGGUGGUCCGAGAAGAGGUGGUUCGGACACUCGAGAGCGAUGUUCGGGAGAUUUUCGGCGCGGUUGGUGUGAUUAAGAAGGAUGGUUUCUCAAUGCCUGUCAAUCCUCAAACCCUAGAAACCUUGGGACAUUGCUAUAUUGAAUUUACUACUCGUCAGGAAGCUGAGCUCGCCACAGAAAACAUGGAUGGAUACAAGUACGGAAAGUCUAUACUUUCUGUAGCCUUAUACGAUGACCUUCACAGAUUUGUGGGUAUUUCACCAGAGCUUGAGUCGUACAUUGCCGAGAAAAGAGAAGAUGACGGAACAGAGAAUACUCAAAGUGAAGAUGAAGAGGAAGAUGAAGAUGAGAUCGAGGGAUACGAUACUAGUUCAAUAUCAGAGGAAGAGAUGGAAAGCUGAGGCAAGUAGGGAAUUGCAUUCCGUAGCAGGAAUAAAGCAUGUUGAUAGAGUCGCAUUAUCCCGAGCAAAAAUACUUUGAAAUUCAGGCUAGUACUUGGUGUUGUGAACUUCGGAUUUUGGAUUUUGUAUAUGUCCACCGAAACUCCAUGCAACUGUUUUGGAAGGAAAAUAGCCAGCAUAUACUUCAGUUCAGGUUGAGAAAAACAUGUGAAAUGUAAAGGAGAAUUUGAAAAUUUAGCUAUGAUACUUUUGUCAUGGGAAAACAUGCGGCCUCGAGUACGAAAGGAUUGCUGGGAUUAGUGAUGAUGCUUGCAUAAAUGACAGCAGAAAUGCACAACACCAUGCCAUUUAACGUGAUAGGCCGCAACCUAAAUUGGUUUUUGUAAAUAAAAGUUCUUG